UUGUGCUGCUGCUAAAUUUUUAGGCAGAAUUCAGAAUUUCACAGGGCACCGUUUCAAGGAAUUUCGGUCUCUUCAAUCAGCCCCCGGACACAAGGAGCAGCCUGGAAAUACACCCAAGGACCUAAGGCCUACAUAUAUAGCCAAGCUUCUACUGUCGUCGUGGGUAAAAUGCUGCCGAGGCCGCUGGCGUUGCGAAAUUGUGCAGUGGCGACGACGGCGACAAAAACAACAAAGAAGCGACGCGCCUCGACUAGAGGAGGACAACGACAAACGCGAAAUAAUCAAUUAAAAUUGUAAGGGGAGCCACGGUUUUCGCCCGAGGACCACAGCAGCAAAGGAUCACUGUGGUAUCCAGAAGGCCAACGAGGACGAAACCAAAAGCUGCCUGAACAGCUGCACCAGCUGUGCGUGGGCAGAGAGGCAGAGGCAGUGGCAGCAGCAGCGGCAGCGCAGCAGCAGACGAGACCCAGACAACAACAACAACAACGAGUGGAACAGCAACAACAACAACAGCAAACAAAACGAUGGAAAUGCGAGAGGUACUGAGUCGCGAGGGGCGAGAGGCCAAGAAUCUGCUCGUCUACCAGUUCUGCGAUGAGACAACCACGAGCACGAGUGGCGGCGAGGGAGUAGGAGGAGCAGCAACAGCCGGAACUCUGGCUGGAGCUGGAAGCGGAGGCGUACUCUUGAAUGGUGACUGUUAUCGCAAACCCCCCAUGGCUCCGCCCAAGUCCCCCAGUGCCGGCAGCGGCACACCCAAAAACUGCCAGUCACCCACCACUUCGCCGCGUCUGAAAUCCUCAACGAGUGCCGCAGCCGGAGGAUCCUCCAGUGGACCACGCGUGCGCAGCGCCUCCACGGGCAGGGACAAAAAGUCCGAGCUUCAAGCCAGAUACUGGGCUUUGCUAUUUGGCAAUCUCCAGCGAGCUGUGAACGAGAUCUACCAGACGGUGGAGUGCUACGAGAACAUAUCCAGCUGCCAGGAGGCCAUCCUAGUGCUAGAGAACUAUGUAAGAGAUUUCAAGGCCUUAAGCGAAUGGUUCAAGGUUUCCUGGGACUACGAAUCCCGGCCGCUGCAACAGCGACCACAGAGCCUGGCCUGGGAGGUGCGCAAGAGCAACCCCACGCCCCGAGUGCGUACCAAGAGCCUCUGCAGUCCCAAUAACUCCGGGAAAUCCAGUCCAGCCUUGAUAUUAGGCCACGGCUCUCAGUCGGGCAAGACCUCGCCCUCGGCCUACGAACAAGGCCAGAUCUCGCCGAUGAAACUACUCCGAGCCUACGAUCAGGUGCCAAAGGGAGCAAUGCGUCUCAAUGUCAGGGAAUUGUUUGCGGCCAGCAAGAGAGCCACUCAAGGAUCUUCACAGUCGGAUAAUAUGGAGUGCCCGCUGGAUCUCAGCGGGGAUAAGACCACAUAUGUGCAGCUAAACACACAGUAUUCGCAAACGGAUCUGGAGGAUCCACACCUGACGCUGGCGGAUGUGCGGGAAAAGAUGCGCAGGGAGGCGGAGGAGAGAGAGGCGAGGAUUCAAGAGCAGGCAGUGAUCAUUCCAGCAGCAGAAUAUAUAGGGGAAGUACCAGACAAACCAGGUGAGAGCAUACAGAAUAUACCGCCUGAGGGGGACUCCAAUUUGGUGGGAGAACCUCUACCAGAACCCACAGCUUUGGACAUGACAGUGGCCUCCUUGGAGAACAUGGAGAAUGCCUUGCUCCAGCAACAGGCCCACAAGGAACCCACGCCACCUAGCACACUACUAAAGCCACCAGGGGAGAAGCCACAGCCCCUGAUGGCCAUCUCAGGAAAUGCGCCCAUGCAAAACAGUCCCCUGAAGUACUCCAGUGUGCUAAAUCGUCCAGUGAAGAAGGGGGGUGCAGGCGGAGCAGCAGGAGCAGGAGCAGGUGCUCUCAAGACCACAACAGGAACAGUGGGAGGAGCAGGAGCAGCAGCAGCCACAGCCAAGCCUGGUCAGCUCAAGACAGCAGCUCCGCCCGUCAAUGGUUUACGACGCUCCACAAAGCUGCCCGCUGGAAAAACUCUAGGAAAACCUGCUCCUCCUCCCAGACCCUCCAGCAAAACCGAGUGCUAUGGCCCGCCCAAUAAUGUGGCCUCCCGUCUGUCGGCACGCUCCCGCACUAUGCUGGAGAUCAAUGGGAGUGGAGCCAGCAAAACCCUGCCUAAGAGAACCUCUACCUCUUCGUUUCUAAGCACGGCCAGGAUUCGCAAAGCCACCUCCUCAAGGCUCAGUUCGCGCGAGGACAUGGGCAGUUCCACUUCCACUCUAAAAGCCAGCAACGAGCAGCUAUCGAGCUCAAGAAGCACCCUUAAAACGGAGGAAGCACAACAUUCCGAGACGAAAAAGCAAUUACAACUGCCUACGGAUAACAAUGAUGGUUGGUUGACGGUGAAGAAUCGUCGCAGGAGCAGCAUGCAUUGGGCCAACAGGUUCAAUCAGCCGACAGGAUAUGCCAGUUUGCCCACCUUGGCGCUGCUCAAUGAGCAGCAGAGGGAGCAGGCGAAAGAGAAGGAGAAGGAGCAAGAGCAGGAACUUACCAAGGAGAAGCAGAAAACCAUUCCAAGUAAAACAGGAGCAGCUGCAGGAGAGGCUAAGCCCAAAGCCAAGGCCACAACACUGGCAAACUCUUCAAGGCCAGAAAUCAAAAAUGCCAAGGCCAAGGUGAACUCAUUUCCAGCCCAGAGAAGCUCAGGGGGUCAGGUGAAGAAGCAAGACAAACCAGAGAAGCAGGACAAACCCGAAAAGAAGCCAGUGAUGCCUUCAACUACAGCUCGAAACAAUGGCAACAAUAAUGCCUUGGGACGCACUUCCAUCAUCAAAAGACAAAAGUCAGAUCUUACAGGACUAAAGAUGACAUCCUUGCACAAGGAGUACAUGCGCAGCGAGAAGAAUGCCUUGAGGAAACUGCAGCAAAAGGAACUGAACCACAAGCAGAGCAACAACAGUAGCUCAUCCUCUGUAGAAACUGUCGUGUCCCCCCUCACAGCCAGCAACGAGGACCACAACAAGAUCGACAUCAAAAUCCAGACCAACUGUGAGUUCUCCAAGACCAUAGGCGAGCUCUACGAGAGCAUUGCCCACUGCAAGCUGCCAAAUGGCAGUCUCAACAACAAGCCCAGUGCCUCCUCUCUGCUGAGUGCCUGCGAUGAGAAUGAAGAGCAAAUUGCCGACGACAACGAAGAGGAGCGCAACGAGCGCAUCCUAGUGGAGGUUCAGGAAUCUUUGGAACGACAAAUCCGUGAGCUAGAGCAAACGGAAAUCGAUGUGGACACCGAAACGGAUGAAACCGAUUGUGAGGUUCAGCUGGAGGAGCAGGAACUGGGCUUAGGUGGUGAUGAUUCCGCGGUGUUUGUGACCAUGAGCGACGAUGAGAAUGCCAGCCUAGAGCAUAGAUAUCAGGCUCUAUUGUCAGACAUGUCCUGGAACGAGAGAGCAGAGGCCUUGGCUACACUCCAGGCCUAUGUGGCCAGGCAUCCAGGCAGAGCCCAGGAACUCCAUCAGAAGCUAUCCUCGCCCUCGCGGCGUCGUUCGCUGCAGGAAACCCUCAAGAAAUACCAAGCCAAGCAGGCCAGGGCUCAGCAAAAGAGGAAUCUCCUCCAGCAGGAGAAAGCAGCCAAGCUGCAACAACUCUUUGCACGCGUCGAAGAUGUCAAGGCAGCCAAAAAGCAGCUCAUCGAGGACAAACGCCAGAAGAUGCAGGGAAGACUGCAAAGGGCAGCGGAGAAUCGAGAGCAGUACCUCCGGCAGAUCAUUGAAAAAGCCCACGACGAGGAGAAGAAACUCAAGGAAAUCAACUUUAUCAAGAACAUAGAAGCUCAAAAUAAGCGUCUGGAUCUUCUGGAAUCCUCUAAAGAAACCGAAGGCAGACUGCAGGAUCUCGAACAAGAGCGUCAAAAGAGAGUGGAGGAAAAGCUGGCCAAGGAGGCUGCGGUAGAGAGACGUCGACAAGCCCUGGAAAAAGAACGUCUCCUCAAGCUCGAGAAAAUGAAUGAAACCAGACUGGAAAAGGAGCAGAGAAUAGGCAAGAUGCAGGAGCAAAAGGAGAAGCAGCGUCAGGCUUUGGCCCGGGAAAAGGCCAGGGAUCGGGAGGAGCGACUGCUGGCCCUGCAGGUCCAACAGCAGCAGACCACCGAGGAGCUGCAGCGCAAAAUACUCCAAAAGCAAUUGGAAUCUGCUCGCCGGCACGAAGAGAACAUCGAGCAUAUACGCCAGCGGGCUCUAGAGCUGACCAUGCCCACCCGGCAGGCAGACGAGGGUCGAGGGGAUCAGGAUGAAAACGAUGCGGAAGAUGGCUUAAAUGGGAAUGGGACAAGCACCACAAACGAAGACUGCGAUCUUUCUUCUACGCUCUCGGAUGUGGGGGGAAUCCCUGGGCAUUCGAGGAGCUACAAAAAGAAGAUGAAGAAGCUGAAGCAGCGAAUGAGUCAGUGCGCCACUGAGUAUCUGGAGGCCAUGGAGCCCUUACCCCCUUAUGUAAAACGUGAUAGCACGGUGCCCAAGCUCCUAAAUCUGGUGGUUAAAGGUGGCGGUGCUCAGGGAUUGGAAAGGGCAUUGGGUAACCUCCUGCGUGUGAUACCCAAGGCCCAGGCCUUUGACUUCCAAGCCUUCCUCUGCAUGGAUGGCUUGGGCAUAGUGGCCAAUCAUGUGAUCAACAAAGGUCUACAGGAGAACACCGAUAUCUCAAGGAAAUCCGUUCACCUGGCCGUUCAUGUGUAUAGGAAUGCCUGCUCUGUGUGUCCUCAGAUUGCUCGUCAUGCUCUGCUGGGCAAUUCCAUAACCGUUAUGUUCGAUGCCAUCACCAAGAGUUUUCAGUUACCCGAAGAAAAAUCACCACAACAUCCGGUCGAGUUGUCCACGGAGCUAAUGCUGGCCUGCACCGAGGCGCUGUCCUCCAGUUACGUGAAGAAGAACACCCACCCAAAAGUGCCGGAACGACUGCCGGACAUGAUAAACUUUGCUGUGGUCACUGGUCUCAUUGAGAUUCUCUCCCGUCGCAACCAGAAGGUCCGCGAGUCCAUCGAGGACAAUCAGAGCGUGAUGCUAGGCCUGUUGACCACCCUGGGCUUCCUCUCCCGCUUCCUGGAUGUGUGUCAGCCAGGUCCUGCGGAUCCAACACGUUUACUGAGCGCGGCCAGGACCACAGAUCUCUUUGGUACCGUUUCCAUGCUCAGUGCCAGCGUGGUGCCCAAUGGUGAAUGCAUUCCACCGCGCACGACCGCCUUGGCGGCAUCGACUUUUAAUCUCUACGUGUCCCUGGCCUCGCUGGAUGUGAACACUUUUCAGGAGGCUUUGACCGUGGAGGGUCCUUUGUCGCUGAAGCUGCUGGACGUGAUGACCCUCAUCCUGAACUGUAGUGUAACAAAUGCUCCAUGGACAAAGAAGAAUGACAACACCACCAUGUUGAUUGAUUUGAUUGCCUCGCUGGCCUUCUUUUGUGUGAAUAAUCGAAGGCAUCAGGAUCUGCUCAUCUCUGAGCCAUUUGUGGUGAUCUUCAAGAGUCUGGCCAAACUGCCAACGCAGUUUAAUCCGGUGAUUUAUCCGUUUUUGGUAACCAUGUGCUUUGGCAAUGCGGCGGCGAGGGAGCUUAUUUCGAAGGAUUUCGAUAUGGCGUUCGUUGACGAGUACAGUAAAUCUGAGGUGGCCCAAAGGAAUCAUGUGAUCAAGCUGCUCCCUGUACGCCACAAAGACAAAACCCUAUCCAAUAAUAGCAACCACAACAACAAUAAUGCCAACAACAAUCCGCAGCCAGAAAUCAAGGGAGAUAAAGGCUGUUAGCUACUUAAAAAUAUCCUAUAGAUAGGAUUUGAAACCUUCAACUCGAAGUCUCAACUCUCAAAGUGAUAUUAUUUUCAAAGAAAAUGAAAAAAAAAAGAAAUUGUAGAAAAGGAAAAUACAGAACUCGAAACAUUCGCAAAGAGAUGAACCAGCAGCAGGACAAUUUGGAAAGGGAAAAGAGAAAGCAGAAGGCGCACCACAAACAUAUUUUUAAUAUGUAUAAUUUAUGUAAUCUUAAACGUUAACUUAAACUAGUUUACUUAACACUCACUCACUUACAUCAUAAAAUCACUCAUUCCCAAAACACUCACAUUCACAAACACAACCCCAAGUCGAGACUCGCAUAGAUUUUAUACCAAUAAUAUAUAAAACAUAUACUCAUUGUAGCUUACGUUUAAUGCUAAAGUAUUAACAUCCCAUUUAACGAUAAUCUCACACCCCUCAUUCACACUCACAGAGCACUCACUACAAAUUUUCAGUUAUCGAAUUAAUCGAUGUUUUUUUGGUUCAAAUGCAAACAAGAAAAAUAAACACGGGAAAAAUGAAAAAAAAAAAAGAAAAUCACAACUACCUAACGUAUUUUUUAUAGACAUCAAUGUUUUGUGCAAAAAGAAAAACUUAUGAUUAAAUUAAAAUCAAAAUGAAAUAAAGAAUUCAAAAAAUGAAUAAACUGAAUACAAUU